AUGGCGACCGACAUGGAUAUCGAUAUGGAUAUUGACGUGGGAAUGAUCGAAGAGUUGCCUAUUCCAGAUAUGGUAGACAUUGAAUUAAUUCCAGAUGAGCCUGGGGAAAUACAAAACGAAAUUUCAGCUCCAAACGACCACUCCGGUCCAGACGCAGAAAAGCCUGCACCAGAGAAAGUACAUAUCCGUGGCUUGGACAACCUUACAACGAAGGACGUAAAGAAUUUUGCCUCAUAUUACUAUACCGGGUCUAUUGAACGGGUUGAAUGGAUUGAUGACUCAUCGUUGAAUCUGGUGUAUCCUAACUCCGAUAUUGCUGAGGAAGCUCUCCGAAAGUUGUGUGCACAAGAAUUUCCGGAGGAUCUUUCGCAGCUUCCUAUUUUACAAUCUUUCCCUGCCAACCCUUUCCCGGACAAUCCUAAGAUCAGCUUACAAGUACGCAUCGCCGUGGUUGGAGAUCGUAAACAAAGAGGAGCCCGAGAAAGAAGUCGCUUCUACCUUUUCAAUCCCGAACAUGAUCCCGCAGAGCGCAGAAAACGCGAGGGUGGAAGAAGAUAUCGGGACCGGGAUGAUGGUGGUUACAGAAGCCAGCGAUACGAUGAACGAGAACAACGGAACCGACAACGUGGAGAUGCGGAAGCAGGCUUUGAUGCAAGUCUUUACGACGAUGAUGAAGCAGCUUUGGCGACUAGAGCUGGUACAGGUCACGGACGAUCAGGGUCUGGAUCAUCUGCCAGCGAUUUUAGAGAACGAACUGACAAACGACGAGGCUCUGAUUUGCGAGAGCUGUUUCCAGAUAGGGGUGGUAAUAAUGGAAGAUUACGAGAUCGGAGUGCAUCACCUAUCAGGAACGAGGAAAGAGCAAGGGACAACAAUAGACAACAUCGAGACACAGCAGCUGCAGAGAACAGGUCAAAGGCUCAGGCUAUCAAGGCCCGCCUUCACAGAGAAACUAUUACAAAGGAACUCUUCCCAAGCAAAUUAGGUACUACACAUCGCAGAUCUGGCGUUUUCGAUGCUGCAGACGAGACAGCAGAUCUAUUCGCCAAAAAAAUGCCUGUCCCCUUUCUUGAUGGAAGCUCGGACGUUCGUCCUUCCAGCAAACUCUCUCUGGCAGAAAGAAUUACAUCAGGACAACCGCAAGGCUUUAGCAUUCGUGGAACUGCGAAGCCUGCUUCAUCUGGAUUUUCUAUCAAAGGCUUGGCGUCUGAUAAUUCAACCAUGAAUGAAUUAUUUCCUGCCCGUGCCGGGGGUGGAAAUGCUGGGAAAGAGCUUUUUUCAGAGAGAAUAAUCGGAAGGGGUGGAAGGAGGCAGAAGGCCGAGGACUUGUUUCACUAG